AGAAAGAAGCAACACGACUGGACUGGAAGAGAAUUCUCUCGAACUAAGAAACGUCUUUGAAGGUUUGAGUAUCUGCACCCAGAAGGCUGUACAACACCAAAUGAGAGCGCGUGGAGUUGACGAUGGACACAUAAUCAACAUCUGUAGCAUUACUGGUCAUCUGAGUCCAUUCUGGACACAAGUAUCAGUAUACUCUGCCUCAAAGCACGCUGUGCGGGUCCUCACAGAAGGACUCCGAAAGGAGCUUGUGGCAGCGAAGAGUCGCGUUCGAGUGACGGAGGUGAGUCCAGGCUUCGUAAAGACCGACAUAUUUGAGACCUCGGGGACAGACAUGAAACUCCUCGAGAACGUAUCCUUUCUGGAGCCGGAGGACAUUGCUGACAUCGUUCUCUACACACUAGGCGUUCCCCCUCAUGUGCAGGUAAGCGUUCUGCAUGACUGUUUAGGGAAGAAAUAGUUGGAAUUAUGAAUUAUGGUUAGGCAAAUUUUAAACCAAUGUA